CGUCACUGUGUUGUAACCUAGCUAUUACAGCUUGAAAUGUUUAAUGUCGAAAUGCGGUUCCUUAUUUUCAUCUCUUCAUUGGUCUUUUUAUCAGGUCAAUCUAACUCUCAUUUUUGUGAGAAAAAUGUCCAGAAAGCUUGUGGAAUAUCACCAAUAGAUUUCCAUAAGUUCGUACUUCGUGAAGAUUUUCUGGAAUGGUGCGAAUUAUCUGAAGCAUACGUCGAAUGUUUGAGCGCAUACAAAAAUUCCUGUAAUUCUGAAAUAUAUCCAAAUCCAGGAGAGUAUGAAAAGGUGGUCAGUAGUAUAAACGAUAUCUGCGACAAUAACACUUUUAUCCAUAAAGUUCUUUUGCAAAGCAUGCCAUGCUAUAGAUACACAAAAAGCAGGCCUGAAAUAGUUUGUCCCUUACUUUCAUAUGGAGCCUUUUUGAGAUUCCUUCGAAAUGCGCUGGCUAACAGAGAAGACUUAGUACGUAGAAUAGAUGAAUUAUAUCUGCCUUUCAGCCCUUUUGACUGCCUGCAAUAUGUUUAUUUUGUCUCCUGCUACGCUGGCUAUACUGCUGCUGAAUGUACUAGUUUUGCCCCAAAUGCAACUCUGCAAAUCGAAAAUACAUUCCGUAUUGCAACAGAUGAACAAAAGUUUUGCGAUUUGAGAAUGUAUCGAGGACUCUUACCCAUCGUACAAGAAAUGAAUAUAGAAGAACCUGAUAAGCAGUCAAUGUUACGGGUUAUGGAAUAUUUUACAUCGAAAUAGUCUGAAAAGUUGCGAUUCCUACGAAACACUUUUAGAAUGACCUGUGGAGAAGUUCUUAAAAUAAAUACCUUAAAUUUUGUAUAAUUUACAAUAUCAAAUAAAAUUUGCAUACUUAUUUUCAAAUAUACAAUUGUUCCUCCCAUGUCACUAUGUUUAUUUUCUGUUUACUUUUAUUUAUUGCGUUAAA